GGGGGGGGAUGAACAAAGGAGAUUGGCAGCACAGCUGUUUUGGGAAGAAAAAAAAAAAAAAAAAAAAAAAAGCCAGCCUUCCUGUUUCUUUAAAGCCGCUCAUCGGCGCGGCGGGCCGGCUGCGGGCGCUGCGAGCGGGCUGCGGCAGCGGCGCACGGCCGGGCGCACGGAGCGGGCCGGGGCCGCGGAGCGCACGCAGAUGGGCGGCGGCGGGCGCUGCCCCGGCGCGGCGCGGGAGGAGGAGGAGGCGGCGGCGGCGGCGGCGGCGGCGGCGGGGCGGCGGGGGAGCCGCUGAGCGCGGCCGCGCAGCGCCCCGCGCCAUGCGGAGCACGCCGCUGGCCGCGGGCGAGCCGUGGCCGCGCCUCUGCGCCGCCGACCUCGGCGGCCUGCGGCGGUUGCGGCGCAAGGCGCGGGCGGCGCCGCCGCUGCACGGCUGCAAAAGUUUCCGCGUGGAGCUCAAAGUGCUGGGCGGGAGGCGGCCAGCGCCGCUCCGCGCCCCCCCGCCGCCGCCGCCGCCGCCCGGCGCCGCCGCCGCCGCCGCCGCGCCCGCCUGGGAGCCGCGCAGCGCCGCGCUCUGCCCCGCCGGCGGCGCCUGCCCCGCCGCGGCGCCGGGCCCCGCCGCCUCCCCGCGCCCGCGCCCGGCCGAGGCGGCCGGCGUCUCGCCGGAGAUCAAAGCGCUGCAGCAGACGCGGCGGCUGCUGGCCAACGCCCGCGAGAGGACCCGCGUCCACACCAUCAGCGCCGCCUUCGAGGCGCUGCGCAAGCAGGUUCCCUGCUAUUCUUAUGGUCAAAAGUUGUCCAAACUUGCCAUCUUGAGAAUAGCCUGUAACUAUAUCCUUUCCCUGGCCAGACUAGCAGACCUGGAUUACAGCGCUGACCACAGUAACAUGAGCUUCUCCGAGUGCGUGGAGCAGUGCACUAGGACCUUACAAGCCGAAGGAAGAUCUAAAAAAAGGAAGGAGUAAUAACUAGGAAGGGAGGAUUCAGAAGCGCUUCCAGACGGAGUCACAUCGAGCCUUGGCAGAGGUCGCGUGAUCCAGAUGAAGACUGCAAGCGGCUUUUCUUCUUUUUGCAGAACCCCCUUUUUCAAGACGACGAUUGGCCAAGGGACUUUCUUCAUCUCUGGAACAGGGAAAAAAAAAAAAAGGACGGGGAUGCUUCUUCUUGUUUUUUAAGCCAGCCACCUUUUAGUAUGUGCAAUUUAUUUAGCACUUUUCCCUUUGCUUAACUGGGAAACGUUCCCCUCUCGGCUCAUGUGUACAGUAAUUUUUUGUUGUUGUUGUUGUUGCUGUUGUGCCAAAGAUUGGAUGGAGCUUCUACACUGUGUCUUAUUUUUGCCUUAACGUGAAAUCUUUGAGCCAAAGAGAAGUCAGAAAUUCCCUUCGGACACUGUUGAGCGGGCCAGUUAGUUAUCAGCGACACAUCUGAAUUUCUGAAUCCUCCUCUGAGUUCCCCCGUAUUCCUCCUGUCCGCACGUCUCCGCCUGCAGCCCUGCGACCGGCCGUCAGUGUGGGACAGAGCUGGGACAUGAUGCCUUGUGCUUCAGCGUUCGGGGGUUUGGGUUUGGGGUUUUUUCCCCCUUUCUUUGAGCUAUUCCACAGUUCUACCUUCUUUUUUUUCCUUUUUCUUUUUUUUUUUGCAUUUUCCCGGUGUGCUUUCCUGUGAAACGCAUCCGCAGGGCAGAAAUACUGACACAAAGUGAGAGCUGAAACAGGAGCUGUGAUUUAUUUUCCUUUUUUUUUUUUUAACGAUUAAAUAAAAUUAAAUAAAUGAAAGAUAAAGUGCCAUGUAAAGCAAUAAAAGAAAAAAAAAAACGAAAGGAAAUUCAGCUAGGGAUGCAGCGAAGCGGUUCAGCGGGCGUUUCAGUUUUGCGAAGGCAUUUUGUUUUUCUCGCCGUGGGGGUUUCAAAAGCGCUCGAAAACCCGUGUAAUGCAAAGGCAUUUGAAUCCUAUACUGUACCUUUCACUUCAAAUUGAAGUAAAAAACAACAAAAAAAAGAAAGACCGGAGAAACCUUU